AAGGUCAACUUCGCGUCUCAACCAACUUCAGGUGUCUUUUACACGGCGGAAGCGCAACGGAUAUGCGAAACAACUUCUUUUGACAACAACUUGUGUCGUGGUCGCUGCAGCUACUGAAGAUAGUGCUUUUGAUCGCUUUCUUCAACGGAGCUUCAAUAUCUCUACCUGAGGCGGAAAUCGAGAUGGCCUGCAGCCGUUAUUUCAAAUAGUGCAACGGAUUUUAAAGGGAAUCUCAACAUUUCCAAUACCCGAACAUACAAGCCCAUGGUAAUGCCUACAAACGGCAUACAAGCGUUGAGAUCAACAGCAGCGACAACAGCAAUUGCAAGGCAAGUAACGGAGCAAAGUGACAGUCGACAUUAACUGUAAAUACCGAAACACUCAAGGCAAUUGUUUCGGAAGAUACGCUAAAGAGCGGCUUCAAAGCGAUUACUGGCCAACGGUACAAAGCAGGUGCCCGACAACAUAGUAAGCCAUGCCGUUAUGUGCAUGGUGGCACAACAAACGAACACAAACCCAACGACAACAUAAUCAUUGUGAAUGUCAAACAGUGGCAUCAAUUGCAAGUCGAGAGUUGCCAGCCGUAUAACAAUUAUUGCGAAGUCGCGUGGGCUUUCCGCACUUAAGCGUUGCCCCGAGCAAGCACAGCAACAAACAACAUCAACAACAACAAAAACAACAAAUAUUGGCGAGUCACCAUAGCAGCGCGAUGAGUGUGGACGUGGCAGCAAGCAGGCAGUAUAGUGAAAACACUACAAUAACAACAACAUCCGCAACAACAACAACAAUAGCUGCAGAUACAGUUGCAACCAAAGCACCGCAAUGGUCGAGAUGGACAGCGCUUCGGUGGCCGAUUGGUUUAUGCGAAAUCGGCGAAUCUACGACAACAACAACAACAACAAUAAAUUGCAUGGCUACAACGAAAGCUUUGCAGUCAAAGCGAGUUGAUAGCAACACUUGCCGACAGCAACGUGAUGAAGAUGACCGCAACAACAACCACAACAACAGCAGCAAAAACAACAACAACAAUAACAAUAACAAAAGCAGAGAUAUCAAUGUCCCCUCAGCGCAACGAGUCGGAAGUCAAAAGCGAAGGCAAAUACAGCAACAAAAACAGUUAGGCCAACAAUGUAGCAUGCACAAGCAACGCCAAAAACAACAACAAAAUUGGCGGCAUUAUCUGCUGCAGCCACUACAACGAUGCGCAUCCGCCAAAGACGCUGACGCCUGCUGGCCCACCCGCUUUGCCACAACCCUGAAGCAACAACAACAAUGGCUGCGCUUUUGCCUUUUGCUCGUCAUUUGCCUGUCACUGCCCUCAGCAACGAAUACGAAACCUCAGACCUCAGCAACAGCGCCAGCAACAAUUGCCAAUGCACCAACAACAUUGCGAGCUACACUAGCAACAACAACAACAGGAAUACUAAUAACAACAGCAAAGCCGACAGCCACAAUCAGCCAAACGGCGCAGUCGGCAACUGAGAGUGAUGACAACAUUGUGACCAACGAAACUACCAACUUCACGCACACGCACACGCACACGCGCCACACCACAAACAACGCUCACGGAAAUGUCAUCAUUCCUUCAACCCAGCUCAGCGUAAAUUCAACGACCGCAUCAAAAGCUCCAUUGCAGACGUUGGCGGCGCUCACGGUGGGUGCGUUGACAGUGUCAACAGCAUUGCCGGUGGCAACGCAAACAUACACAUCCACAACGCUGUCAUCAUCAGCAGCAGCAGCAGCAACAAUAGCACGGCAAUCACACGACACAACAACAACAGCGGCAACAACAAUGCUUGACUGCGCCGUCAAUGCGUUGGCGGAAGCGGAGAGCAGCGGAGGUGACAAGCCCGAUACGCAAACGGCAUGGAAUGCGCACUCCGUCAAUGGAAUGCUGCAUGACACUGCAACAACAGCAACAACAAGCGAAAAUGAAUCACCAACAGCUAAAUAUCACAGUAGCAACAAUAAUAUCAUUCGCAAUGCGCCCAGUGGGAGCAACACUAGGCAUAGCAUGCAGCAACUUAGUCCCACAAAUGCUAACACCGACAGUAACAACAACUACAUAAGCGAAGACGGCGGCUUGAGCAGGAUUCGCCACCAUCGUGCUACACGUUCCGUGGGUCAUGGCAGCCCCGGCAGUGUGGGCUUAAGCGGCAGCAGUUUCGGUGCUGUGAGUCAAGGUAGUGGUGGCAGUGGGUUGACGGGGAGCGGCAGCAGUGGCGUUGUUGGCCUCUCGAAUACGAACGAUGGCGAAAAUAAUAAUCAUAACAGUAUCGAAUGUCCCAGUUUCGAUGAGAAUUCGGCGUGUCCGUGCUACAAAUUCGAAGACGGCUUAUUUCUCGAGUGUCCCGGCACAACGGCCAUGUCGCUGCGCAGCACAUUGGAACGCAUCUCGUCGCCGAUACAUUCAUUAUCCAUUUAUGAUUUCGAUCGUUCGGUCACGUCGCUCUCGCAGGAUGUCUUUCAGCCAGGUGUCAAUAUAAGGCAUUUGCAAUUUUCACACUCACACUUGGAGACGCUAAAGGAUAACAGUUUGCGGCAUGUACGUGCAACAUUGGAGUCGCUGAGCAUUGUUAAUGGAAAAUUAACACAGCUACAGUGAUUUGCUUUUCUUUGCUGCGACGGCUGGAAUUUUGAUGUCUGAUUACACAGCUCAUGGAAGGUUGC